GCCGUGUCGAUUCCCACUACAAACCCUCCCCCCGACCAGAAGAGAAGAAGAGAACCUUUCGUCUCGGCGGUCCCCCACUGACCCCCGACCCCGAACCCUCGCCGGCCCGCCCGUCCAUGGACUUCGCGGAGCAGGACGUCGACGUCUUCGGCGAGGAAUACGACGGCGCCGAAGCCGAGGCCGAGGGCGGAGGCGGCGCCUCCUCCGGCUCCUCCUCCCCCUCCUCAUCCUCCUCGUCCUCCGCCGCCGCCUCCUCCUCCUCCUCCAGCGCUGCCUCCAGCGGCCGCAGCAGCAGCCCCGCCGCCGGCGGCGGGGACGAGGACGGCGCCGACGACGGGGACGGCGGGGAGUACGACUCGUUCGACGUCGUGCCCGUCAGGCCCGCCGCCGGGUACGGGGACGAGGAGGAGGAGGCGAGAGAUUUGUUCGGCUCCGACAACGAGGAGUACGUCAAGACCCCCGCGCGUAGCAACUACCUAGUUCCAGUGCUGCCCCCGAUACGGAACGCCAACAAUUUUUCUCGAGGAGGACGAGGUGGCAGGGGCCCACCUCUUCUUCCAAGGCCAGGAGGCCAUCCAGGAGGACGAAAUAAUUUUGGCCAUGGCGGGAGGUUUUCGUAUGGAAAUGGGCGUAAUGUUGAAGGUUUUGUUUCAGAAAUGAAACUUAAUAAGAGUGAAGAAACUUUAUCUAGGAAGGCUGUUGCUUUUCAGGAGCCAUGUGAGAUUGCAUGCUACAGCCGUGUUGAGGGUGGGGAUGUAUAUUUUGAUGAUCGCAGCUUGAGGCUUUUCAAACGUAAUAUUUGUGAUUAUGCUGGUGAAGAUCUCAAUAAAGGAUUUGAAACGUUUAUAGAGAAAAGAGAUUUGGGUUCUCAAGGAUUUGGCGACCUUCUUGCAUGCAUAAGAAAUUCAAAUCUACCUCUUCAGAAUAUACAUUUUGUGACGUAUCGCAACAACCUUAACAAGAUAUUGGCCACGGCUUAUCUAAAAGAACCAUGGAAGAUGGGUGUGCACAAAAGAAAUGGUGUUGUAUACCUUGAUGUCCAUAAGGCUGCAUGUCAUUCUCAUCAUUUGCCUGUUAAAUUAGCUGGUGCCUUGAUGUUUGUAAUCAUAUUCGGAAUUGUCAUCAUUACAGCGGAUGAAUCUCUAAUGAAUAUCAAUUUGAUGUACCUUUUCUUGCUGGUGCUAUGUUUGAUCCUCAGAUGUUUUUGGGGCUAUUCUUUUGAAAAUCUUGCCACUGAGAACUCCAUUGACGAAGACGGAAGCGGUAUUGAUGCUAAUGUAGAGUAUUGUUCUGUAAUAAAGACGAAAUUGGGCGCGCAUCGCAUUGUCAUGGGUGCUGAGAUGGACUGCUGUGAUUCAACCGACGAUGGUAGGCGGUUCUAUGUGGAGUUGAAAACAAGCAGAGAGCUGGAGUAUCAUACGGUGGAAAAAUUUGAGAAAGAGAAGUUACUUAGGUUUUGGAUUCAAUCAUUCCUUGCUGGCGUGUCGUAUGUUGUCGUGGGAUUCAGGAAUGAUGCUGGUGUACUUAUACGAACUGAGAGACUAAGAACUAAAGAUAUUACACAAAAAGUGAAAGCAAAGAACUACUGGCAGGGUGGUGUCUGCUUGGCCUUUGCUGACGAGGUUUUAUGCUGGCUGUAUGGCACUGUCAAAGAAAAUGAAGACUAUGUUCUGCAAUUUGCACACCCGUUCCAUCGAUUGGAACUAUUAAAAGCCCAGUCUCCAUGCCCCGAGGCAAUAACUCUGCAUGUGGAACAGCUCACCGGUGCAACAAACUAGAUCUGUUCCCUAGCAAAGCUUCGGCGCUGAUGUUUCGCUAAACGGACAGCUUUGAGGGACCUUACGUAACAGCGUCGCGUCUUAGAAUGGUUUGAGCUAUAGUUCGAGGGGCUGAUGCGGAUGCAUAAGAGACUGACGGUGUCAUGCUAUAUGUUCGGUCGGUAACUGGAGGCAGUACGGUCACGGUUUGCUCUUUGAGUGUCCAAAGAGAUUUUGAAGCCAUCGAACACUGUAUUUCUUCUGUAAUACCAAGUUAUAAAUUAGGGAAGUGCAGAGUUACACUGCCAUUGUAACGGUUCAUCGCUCAAGGCACCAACGAUGUGUAACUUUUGUACCAAUGAUGAUAUUGAAUUUUAAAGACGGAUGCUGCCAUGCCAUGGUAACAUGCCAAGAACACCCCUUGGAGUUAUGUAACUAGCGGUAUAUGCUAAGAGUUUCUUUUCGGA